AUGCUUAAAUUCGUGGAGGUAAAAAAAUCGAGCGGGUCAGAAACUGACCAAUCUGAGAAAAGGGAGGAUGAGGAAAUUACGUACACCUUGGAGGAUCUGAAAAAGAGAAUGGAAAUGACACAGAAGAAACAUUUCGGUUACAAGAAUUUAAAAGAUUUCCAAGUGGAAGCAGUGCAUGCAGUGUUUCAAAAAAUGGAUAGUCUUAUAAUAAUGGCAACAGGAAUGGGGAAGUCAUUGUGUUAUCAAAUUCCAUCUCUUAUGACCGAAGCAAAAAAUAAAUUCACAUUCGUUAUAUCACCAUUGAUAUCUCUGAUGAAAGACCAAGUAGACAAUUUGAACAGAAAAAAAAUAUCCUCUGUAUUUUUGGGAAGUGGACAAAAAAUAAGUAAUGAAAAAAUAGUAACAGAAAUAAAACAUGGUGGAUAUAAAAUUGUUUAUUGCAGCCCUGAAUAUGCACUAAAUAAUAAGCAGUUAUUUUUAAUUUUAAAAAGAAAUAUUUUACUCAUUGCAAUUGAUGAGGUUCAUUGUAUGUCGGAGUGGGGCCAUGAUUUUCGACCUUCUUACAGAAAAUUAAAUGAGCUGAGACACGUAUUAAAGGAAAUUCCAUUCAUGUGUCUAACAGCUACCUGUACAAAAAAUGUUCAAAGUGAUAUACUAAAAAAUUUAAAAUAUAAUAUGAAUAAAUGUCUCAUAAAAACAAGUAGUGUUAAUAAAAGAAAUCUUUUCUAUUGUGUUCGAGAAAAAACAAAUAUAUUUGAUGAUCUAAAAGAUGUAUUAGACAUUCCCAUUAGUAGAUCUGUAGGAAGGACUAAACAUUUUAUUGACAAUUCGAAAAUAUGUCCCUACAAUUCUACUCUUAUAUAUGUAAAUUCAAAGAAAGAAUGUGAAAAUGUUUUUAUAUUUUUGAAAGAAAGAGGACUACUUGUGAGAAUGUAUCAUGCGGAUUUAUCCAAUGAGGAGAAGAAAGAGGCACAUGAAAAAUUCUUAAAAGAUGAAGUUCAAAUUAUUGUUGCAACAGUAGCAUUUGGAAUGGGAAUUGAUAAACCUGAUAUUAGAAGAAUAAUUCAUUAUGGUUUCUCUCGUUCGUUAGAAGCAUAUGUACAACAAGUAGGUAGAGCUGGGAGAGACAACAGCAAUGCUGAAGCUAUACUUUUUUUUCACAUUAAUGAUGAAUCAAAAAUAAAAAAUCUUCUUAUCAGAGAAAACAUAGCAAAUAAUCUAAUCGAAACCAAUUUUCAGAGAGUGGAACAUAUCGUUAGUAUGUUUACUGAAGCAUCAGAUUAUGCAUAUUCCACCAUAUGCAGAAGGAAAAAAAUUUAUGAAUAUUUUGAUGAAAAUCCAACUGUUUGUGAAGACCUGGAUAUUUUCAACAUUCAAGAAAACUGUGGAAUAUGUUUCUAUGUUAAGAAACAUCACCUUUACCUCUGUGCCAGUUGUGACAAUUGUGUUUAUUACUUGGAAACUUUUAAGAGAAAAAACAGAAAGAAGUCUCUUAUCACUACUGCAAAGAAACAACCAUGGGAAGAUCAUAUCUCGGUUUUUAAAAAUUCAAUAUCUAAUGAUGGUGUGUUAAAUUCAGAUGUGAUUAGUGAAAAUUCCAAAGAAUCAGUAGAACAAACUAUAGAUCUAACAAAAGAACUAAAAAUACUACUAAACUGCAUAGUAUCAUUGAAAGGAAGAACAGGAAUUUCAGUUAUCUGUAAAAUAUUAGUGAAAAGUAAAGAAGCAAGUAUAAUAAAAAAGGGAUAUCAUAACAUUAAGGAGUAUGGGGAAGGAAUGCAUAAACCAACAAAUUGGUGGUCAGCUCUUAUGAAAAUUGCUAGAAAUGAUAAAUUUAUUAAAGAAACUCUUAAUUAUAGCAAAGAUGUCAGUUACAUAAGUGUCGGUAUAACAUCCAAAGGGGAGGAAUUCAUAAAAAGUGUGGAUCAAAAAUACGCAGUUAGACUUCCAUUCUUUUUGAUAGACAAACCAAAAAAAGGGCUAAGCAGUGGUAGUAAUAAAGGUGACAAGAAGACCAAAGGAAGGAGAAAUAAAAAGGAACACAUUGGAAAUUCCUACGGGGAAAAUUCUAAAUAUGGAGAAAUCUCAAGCGAGGUCAGCCGAAUGGGAUGGAGCAGCAGAAUGGGAGAAGAAAUGGAUUCUUUCCGUGAGGAUUUCCAUCAGAAUAGGUCUGUAUAUGACUCUGGUAAUAAUGAACAUGGUGUAGAAUAUAAAUUAAGAGAAGGAGUGUCCACCAUGAAUGAUACAAAUCAAAGUACUGUCACGUCCCAUCAUGGUAUGAAAGAUAACAAUCUUAUUAGUGAAGGAAAAUACAAAAUAAGAGAAGGAAAUACUGAAAGAAUAAAUGGAGUUCCAAAAAACAAGUACGAAUAUUUCAAUAUGGAUAAAAGGAAAUGCAUUAGGGAAUAUGAAUAUAAAGAAGAAAAAUUGACAGAUGAAAAAAUAAAUGAUUCUAUUAUGAAAAUAUUACUUAGAACAAGAAUUUUAGAAGCAAGGAAACAAAACAUUCCACCUUUUCAAUUAAUUUCUGACAAACCAUUAAAGGAUAUAUGUCAUAAAAGACUUACUUCUGUACAUCUAAUUAGAAAACAUGUUGAUAAUAUCUCUCCUAUAUGUCCAAAUGCUUUUCUAGAAAAACUCAUUUCAGGUGUUCGAGGUUUUUGUCUCCUGCACGAUUUAGAUACAAACAUAAAUAUUAACAACACAGAUAGCCAACAUAUGAUACCACCAAAAAAAAAUGAAAAACAGGAACCCUCUAGCCUGAACAGGUUCACCAAUUUAAUUUCCUCCUUAAGCUAUAACAACAGUGACAUUGUCAGAUGUGAAGACCACACCAAUCCUCAGUCCCAUGAUUGGGCCGUGGGGCGUGAAUAUAGUGCACCCCUUAACGGAGCCACCCCUUAUCCCCAUGCCGGAGGUGACCGGGGCAGCACACACCAUCACAAUGUAAUUGGCACUUCACACACGGGAACUUCACACACUGGAAGUGCCUCCCUUGUUAGAAGUAGACUCUUCAACAACAGCAAUUGGAACAGAGGUGGCAGCAGAGGUAGCUACGGAAGAGAUGCUGAGAAUGACGAGCGUGUUGGUAAGACUCAGGGGAAUUACCAAAGGCGGGAGGAACCCACAAUGUGUCAUAAGGAUGAAAGUGGAAAUGGACCAUGGAACCACUUCCAUGGAGAUAACCAAAAUGGAUGUAACCAAACAGGGGAAUCUAAAGGAGGGACCGAACGUAUAGCAGAUCCUAUUGAUAAGGAGAAAGCAAAUUAUAUACACAAGAAUCUGAUGGAACAAGGCACGAAUCAAGUAAUCAUAAUGAAGAAGAACCCAUUGUGCAACAUAACAAACAGUGAUAAUAACCAACUUGAGAAUUUUAGCGGUAAGGAUAGAACUAGGUUGAUGAAAUUUAUAGAUGAUGACUUUAAAUUUAUAAAUGAAGUUCAUAAUUUAGAAGCUAAUCAAAAUAGUUUACUGGUAGAACAUAAAAAAUCAAGGGAUUUUUCCAUCGACUUGUCAGAUUUUACGUAUAAGGAUGGAAAGUGUGGAAAAGAUAAUGUUCUACCACCUGCGCAUGGACGUGAGCAAGAACACUUGUUCAGACGAAAUGAAAACAAAACAACUGAGCAAAUUAGAACCAACAGUAUUACUCACUUGAAAACUCCAAAAAAUGAUAAUUCAUAUGUAGAUGCUAAAAUACCCACAAGCGAAAAUCAUAAUAUGAACAAUAACCUUGUUAUUAAUUGGAAUGAUAACUAUAUGCAUACAUAUACAAAUGAACAUGUCGACACAUCUACCACGAUUAGGAUGAAUGUCCCAAACGAUGCUUUUAUAAAUAAUGUAGAUGCAAAUAGGACUAUGGCAGACGUAGAGAAUCAAGUUAACAUUUUAAAGGAGAAAAAAAAGAAAUUGGAUUUAAUUGAUUCUUUUUCGUAUAAUUAUAAAAAAAAUCAGGAUGAAAACAACUUUUCUCUCUUCCCAAACGGGCAUGCUGUCCCUUUACCCUUUCAGGAUUUAAAACGAAGAAAAUUUUAA